GUGUCUGAUCUGAUGGACAAAGAUGGACUUGAUAAUGAUGUAAUUGGAAGAUCUUUGCGCUCAAAGCGUUUAAUGGACAUUAUUGACUGUGAAGAUGCUAAUGGCAACACUGCAUUAUCAGAAGCUGCUAAUGGUGGUCAUGUUGAUGCAAUAAAGUUCUUAUUGGACCAUGGUGCAGAUCCUAACACUCAAGGCCAGUUCAUGAGAACACCUUUGUACAGAGCUGCAUUUGCAGGACAUCUGGCCGCUGUUCAGAUGUUGUUAGACAACGGAGCUGACCCAAGAAUCUAUGCCUCUGACAGUCAAUGUCCAGCUGAGAUUGCAUCUACCCCAGCAAUACAAGAGGUAUUGGAAAGCUGGGAUAUCAGUCGUACAGAAGCAAUUCUUAUCAAAUUACAGGCUGCUAAGGAGAAGAGAGCAGAAGAUGAUAGAAAAAGGAGAGAUGCAGAAACAAGCAAACUUGAGAAUAUUGUUGCUGAAGCCAAGAAGGAUUAUGAGAGCAAGCAAAAAAUGUUGGAUCAUGCCUGUAGUGAGCUGAAUAAGAGAAUUCAUGAACAUGACACUUGCAUGGCUCAAGGUUUUGACAGACCGGAAAUAACUUUGCAGAGUAUUCAUGACCAAGAAUUUGAAGUUGAAAGCAUCAAAGUGCAAGUGGUUCAAGCAAGGGAUAAUCUAGCUAAAGCAAAGAUCAAGUUAAGAGAGUCAAUGGCUGGACCUGAUGGAGAAGUUGAGGACAAACUACCUGGAUUUAAAGUUUCAAUAAGAGAACUAGAUGAUGUUUUAUUUCGUGAUACUGGAAACAGAAUUGCAGAUUCAGGAAAGUGGCCUUUUUUAAUUGACCCUAGCAGUCAAGCAACUACAUUCUUGCGGUACAGAGAUACAAACUACAUUAAUGCACUUCGUCCAGUUGACAUGGAAAACAAUAAUGUCCGGAUGUGCUUGCUAGGGGCCAUCAGGUAUGGCAAACCUUUUGUCCUCGACAUGAUGGAGGUGGAUAUGUUUGACACAUGCAUAGAUCGAUUUGAUGGAAUCAUGAAAGGCCUAAUGGGAAUGAUCAUUGAUAAAUCUAUUCUGCAAGAAGAGAAAUACAUGAAACUUAUAAAAGAGCAAGAUGGACAAGAGUAUGACAAGUCAAAGUUCAAUGGUCUUCGUAUCUCUAACUUCAAGUUUAUUUUGGUCACACAGAAUCCAUUUCCUGAUGAAAAACUGAUGGAUAAUUUUUAUGUAAUCAGAAUUGUAAUUGAUUCAUAG